UCUUACUUUGUGCGGUUACUUUUCCGCUAUAUGAGCAACCCACUAAGUAAUGUGCUGGCAUCUCAGUCUUCGACCUCCGCUGACAGCACUGUCUCUUCUUCAGAAACCUUAUGGCGAAAACGGUGGGAGUCUUCUCGAAAUCUCCAUUAGUUAACGUCUCUCUCUCUUCAUUUAAUCGCUGUCGCCUACCCUUAUCGUGUUUUCUUGAUCUGGGUAUCAGAAGCUGGAAAUUCAAUGAAAGAAAGAGAGACUUAACUGUCACUCCUUCCGCUGUGGUUCCUGCUUUGCCAAUUGUUUCUGAAAAAUAUACUCCACGGAUAAUUUCGUUCAAUGAGUUGAUUGAAUCUUUGAUUUGUGGGGUGGAUUUAUCGGAAACAGAGGCUGAAGCAUCGCUGGAAUUUUUGUUGAAUGAAGCAAAUGAGAUUUUAAUUAGUGCUUUUCUUGUAUUGCUUAGAGCCAAAGGAGAGACUUUUGAAGAGAUUGUGGGAUUGGCGAGGGCAAUGAUAAAGCGCGCUAAGAAGGUGGAAGGGCUGGAUGAUGUGGUUGACAUUGUUGGAACUGGUGGUGAUGGUGCAAACACGGUGAACAUUUCCACUGGCGCUUCGAUACUUGCAGCAGCUUGUGGUGCAAAAGUUGCCAAAGUAAAAAUCUUUUUGUCAUCCCAAGGGAAUCGCUCUAGCUCUUCUGCAUGUGGAAGCGCUGAUGUGUUGGAAGCUUUGGGUGUCAUUAUUGACUUGGGCCCUGAGGCAGUAAAAAGGUGUGUGAAUGAGGCAGGAAUUGGUUUCAUGAUGUCUCCACACUAUCAUCCUGCAAUGAAGAUUGUCAGGUCUGUGAGGAAACAGCUUAAAGUGAAAACUGUAUUCAACAUACUGGGUCCCAUGUUGAAUCCUGCAAGGGUGCCUUAUGCUGUGGUUGGUGUAUACACUAAAGACAUGGUACUUAAAAUGGCAAAUGCAUUGCAACGAUUUGGUAUAAAAAGAGCAUUAGUUGUUCACUCUGAGGGCUUAGAUGAGAUGAGUCCCCUUGGACCUGGUCUUGUCCUUGAUGUUACCCCAGAAAAGACUGAGAGAUUCUUGUUUGAUCCAUUGGUGUUUGACAUUCCUCGCUGCACUCUAGAAGAUUUGCGAGGUGGAGGUCCUGACUAUAAUGCAGAGGUCUUAAAACGUGUACUCUCAGGAGAGAGAGGACCAAUUGCAGAUGCAUUGAUCCUAAAUGCUGCCGCAGCAAUGUUGGUCAGCAGCCAUGUGAACACAUUGGCUGAGGGAGUUUCCUUGGCACGUGAAAUCCAGUCAUCAGGAAAAGCUAUUCAAACUCUGGAUUCCUGGAUAGAAAUUUCCAAGAAGAUGAAAGAAGAUACAGUUGUGGGUGAAGAACCAAAUUUUACUUAGAUGCCCACUACAAACUUUUGGAGGCUGAGCUUAUUAGUAUGUCCAAAUUGGUGGAAUCUGCAAGAGAUUCUAGUGCGUGUCUUUGUAAUUGCGUUGAUGGGAGAGAGUUAAAUUAUAAUGCAUUAUAGUAUUUUUGUCUUGUAUUGUAUAAAGCUGUGGAUCCCUUUUUUAAAUUGUGCACAUGGACAGAUGAGAUUAUACAUAGUAUUUUAUGAAAUCUAUAAUAGUAAGAUGACAUGUUGCUCUUCCAAA